AUUAAAAGUUUCAAAUAUUUAAACUAUAACGUCAAAUAUAUAUGCAACGUGAAACCAGCGCACAAGCUUCUUCACCUAAGAAAAAUCUACCACAUAAAUACGCGUCCCUCAAAUGCAGAUGCUAGCAAAGGAAAAUUCAUAUCUUACAUACAUACAAACAUGGGGCAAAGAUUAAUUUUUUGCUCAUGCCGAAUACGAGCUUAUCAUUGAUAACUGUUGCAAUAUAUCGACACACGGACUGGAAAUGAGACCCAGACAUACAUAGUGACGACAGAUAAAAAUGAGCCAGGUUUUAUCCAGGAUUAUCAUGAUUAGUGUAAAUAAUCAAAGUAAUAAACAAUUAUCACGCUCUACAGUUUACCCCAACUUCAACAAACUUUUACAUAAAUUAAUUCCCAGUGACUGUUCCACCUCUAAUCAAUUGCUGACUUUGUUCCGUAACUUAUCCAAUUUAUAUCCUAAUAGCGUUCAAAACUCUUUCCUCACGAGAUUGCGAUUAAAAAAUUAAGACUUGGUCAAAAAAACACAAAAUGGAAAUCAUCCAGGGCCUCGCAGCUUUUCAUGUCUUCAUUUGCUUCGUUGCGAUCGGAAUAAACGUCUACUCUUACACCCAAUAUAAAAAGCUUGAGGAUAACUUUGACUAUUUUGGACUGGAUGGUGUGCCGGAAACGGUUAAGCAAUAUAGAAAAUGGCAAUAUUUGGGAAUUAUUGGGGCGGUAGUGGGCAGCUUUCAGUUGCUCUUAGCUAAAGCAUGGAUCCCAUUUCUCACCACGAAACGUCAAGUUCCGGUAUGAAUGAGUUGUAGGACCCUUAAUUUUGAGGUUUAACCAUAGAUGCGGGACAAAAGACUGCUGUUUGGACUUGUUCAGUGCGUCGUCAUCCUGCUAAUGUUGCAAUGCACGUUCGUCCUCGGAGUUUACGAUGGGUUCGAGACUCACUGGUCAAUUUACGUCAAGUGUCAUGGCGGGGCAGCCUUUAUCGCGUUCUAUGGGGGAUUAACUGUCCACGUGGUGAAGCUGGGGUGGAGAAAGCAGAAACACAUUUCAAAAGCUGCGGCGUAAAGUUGCUACACAACUAAAAAACCUUGUACAUAUAACAAUGUAUUCCUUAUUUUGAUAAAUCAUCACAGAUAAAUGUCGUUCUUGGACUACACGUAUAUAUUAAUAUGCACAAGAAGUAUGCAGAUUAAGUCGAAUUAUAAUUAUAUCAGACCCAACUUUUGUAACCUUAUUUUCAAUUAUUUUUAUGGUUUCCACCGAUAAGCGACAAUUUAUUAAUAAAUUUAAUUUAUUUUGGUGGUUAGGUACUUUUGUUCCGAUAGUUCGGCCGUGUGUAGGGCAAAACUCUGCUGUUAUGCAAAUUUGUCAAAAUAUUUAACGUAAAAAACUUACACAAGCUUAAGUUUUUCGAUUUUUCUCUUACUUAUCUCCGAAAGAAGUGUUUGCUUCGCCUAAGAAAAAUCCAAUACGAACGUAUUUACAUAUUUGUGGAGUUGUAUCCUUCAAAUGUCCACCCUUCAGAACACAAUUCUCUUAAUCUCAUAAUCCAACUACAAACAUGGAUUAGAGAUAACGUUUAUUCACAUAACUCAUGGCUUAUAAUUGAUGCAUAAACGGUUGCCACAUGGAAAUACCAAAGUCAGACUGGAACUCUGACCCCGACACUAUACUAGAGACGACUGGUAAAACAUGAACCGGGUCUUAUCUAUUAGAGAUUAGCAUGACUGGUGUAAUCGAAGUAAUAAACAAUUAUCUUUCACUAUAUUUUAUUCAACAACCUUCCCAAUAAACUUAUUAACAGUGACCUUUUGCUCCUUAGUCAAUUGCCGACUUUAUUCCGUAACUUAACCAAUUUAUAUAUCGUAAUAGCGUUCAAAACAUAUCAUACAUUUCGCACUAUAUCGAGCUUAAAAUCAAUACUUGCUAAAAAAUUAGCGUAAUGCUAAUUAUCCGAAGCGUCACAGCUUUUCAUGUGUUCAUUUGCUUUGUUGUGAUCGGAAUAAACGCCUACGCUUACACGGAACACAAAAUGCGAAUAAAUGAAGAGACGGAUGACGAGUUUUUUGAGUUUUACGCUUCGGGACUUAGAAAAUUUCGAAAUUUGGCCAUUAUUGGCAUGGUAGUGGGCAGCCUACAAUUGCUACUCCUGAGCGCAUGGAUCCCACUUCUGACUACGAAACGAGAAAUACCGAUGAGAGGGUUAAGACUGCUGUUUGGAUUCGUGCAGUGUGUCAUCGUACUGAUAAUUUUGCAAUCUACCUUCGUCCUCGGACUCUUCCAAGGGUACGGAAUGCACUGGUCAACGUACGUCAAGAUUCAUGGCGGGGCUGCCUUUAUCGCGUUCUACGGGGGAUUAACUAUCCACGUGGUGAAGCUGGGGUGGAGAAAGCAGAAGAAUGCUAUAAAGGAUUCCGUUUAAAAUUUGCAAUUAAAAAACUUGACACAAUAUGUAUUCCUGAUUUUGCAAAUCAUGAUAAACAAACGUCGUUCGUGUCGUGGGCGACAUUUUCCACAAGAAGUUGAUUGUUAGAAAAGUUAAUUAAAGCUAAUUAUAAUUAUAUCAGACCCUACUUAUUUACUUUCUAAACAUUGUCUUUAUUAUUUUCACGGAAAAACGACAAAGUAUUGGUAAAAUCUAUUUCAUCUUGGUGAUUAAAGGGUUUAAUUUAAAAAUAAUCUGUUUGAAUCAAUUACAUACAUACAUAGGUCUACUUCGCCAGCUCACAAUAAAACAUUUGAAAUCAU